CUCAGUUGAGGUGUGUUGGAGCUGAAACAAUAUUGGGAUAAAGAAAUGCUCUUGUUUGGAUGACACUUAGGCUGUAGAGGAUUACGGAUUCAGCUCCAACAUGGGAAAUGAUUUGUUCCAUUGGAUUUUAGUGGGAAGUUUGAUCAAAAUAACUGGAAGCGUAGAAAUCAGGGAUUCAAAGAGCGGAAGUAAAAGCUGCAAUCUAACCCUCCGUUUCAAUACAAAACCCGUCUUCUUCACUGGAUACCAAAGCUUGGAGAUCUUUAAACAUGGCAAUAGUCAUCCCGAUUUCUCACCACUUGACUGCAGAGUCCGUUCAGUGAAAAUACUAAGAGGAUUUCAUGGAAAAAUCCCUCUAAAAACAAGAUUUUUCACACGUAUUGUGACAAAGAAACACAACGCUAAACUUGAGGUGAUUUUAAAACAUCGUGAUUUUAAACAUCUUCCAGUAGAUGAAGUCUUUGUUCUUGUUGAACUAGACUGUUAUGGAAGACGCUGUGCUUUGCUUUCAGCUGAUACUAUCAAGAAACGUUUCACUCAAUCUUCUUGGAAAACUCAGAGACGCAAACUCCUCAGUUUUAAGAUCGAGAACAGUGUACACAACAAGGAUUUUUCAUUAGCUACCCCUGUACUGGUGGCUGUUGCUGGAAUUAUAGUACUUAUUGUUUCUUUAGCAAUGUGUGCUUGUGGAAAUACCACUCAUGAAAAGGCUCUCAGUGAUGAAGUUGGAGGUGCUGAAGCUGAUCAUCAUGUUGUUGCAGUCUCCAGUGUUACAAUAGAAGAGGACGGGCAGAAGACUACGGAACAUAAAUUGCMUGUCAAAAACGAAAAUGAGAACUCAAGCAAUGACAGAAGAAAUACAAAUGAGAGCAAGAAAAGUGACAGGAACUCUCAAUCUACGACAGAAAAUGGUGCAGUGAAUUCUAAAGGACGGGCUGCAAGUCAGUCAAGCCAACCAGACAAGCGUUCCAUGGGAGAGGUCGAUUCUCGCCCGCGCAAUUCUGGCUCUAAAAAUAGUGUAGAAAACGUUGAGGAAGUGGAAUUGGAAUCUUCGGCACCUGAAAAUGRAACACAAAACGUGACUCCUGAAAAACAAAGAACGGGUAGUGACAAAGAAGCUCCAGGCGCUGGAAAACAAUCAAAGGAGAACAACAGCUCCAGUGAGGCUCGGACGCGAACUGAUUCUUCCGAAGGGGCCAAGAAAAGUUUUUUUCGCAAACCCUCGAGAAAACGAACGGGUAGCAAUGGCAAAGAACCGAAAAGCAGCCCUGAAGAGAAUGAAGAACAAAAAAAAUCGUUCUGGAAGAGAAGAAAGUCUUCAAAGACGAAGGGCAAUGUCGAGGAUUUGGAGAACAUCAGCACCAAAAAGGAAAAGAAGAAGAAGAAGAGCGGAAGACAGAAAAAUUCGACUCCAGAGCAUGUGCCAUCUUCUAGUCGACCUGCAAAUAUACCUCUUCCACCGAGACCUUCAUCUGCUAGCGUUGAAGAAGCACAAUAUGAUAUGGUAGAGAAUCAUGCUCAAAGACCAAAACAAAACUUAGAAGAUGGUGAUUACGAAACUGUCACCACGAGUAAGACGAGAACAUACGAUAAAAUAAAUCUGUUACCGAAGGACCAAUCACGACCUGCCUCCGAGUUGUACGAGUGUAUCAACGACCAAGGCGCGAAUAUGAAACGACUGUCUUCGGAAAGUAAUCAAUACGACGUCGUCGAAACUCGUAUACCACCCAAGAAACCAGCAAAUGGACUCGAGUAUGCAGUUUCAGUUGUGGCCUCACGGGAUAUGCCUCGUAUUCCUACAGAAACGAGCGGUGGUAGUGGUCUAUACGAGGUUGUUACUGAUGAUAUAAAGCAACAAAGUGGCGUUCUUGAUGCGCGAAAAUCAGACAUUGUGGUUGAGGACGCCGACUACGCCGUUGUACAGAAAGGUCCGUCUAAAAAGCGUGCCUCAGAGAAGGAUGACGAUGAACGUUACAGUCAAGUAGAGAAGCAGAGACAAAAAUCUCUUUCUGGCGAGAUUCACCAUGCUCCAGCUCCUCCUCCUGUUUCGAGUCUAAUCCAUGUUAGCUCAACUGUGCGUAAACGAACACAGAGUGAAGGAGACGGGUUAAACGCUUCUCCGCUGUCUGACUCGCCCGCAGAUCCUCCUUCACYGCARUCUGACAGACCUCAAACAAUGUUCGAAGUGGACGAAACGUACGCUAAAGUGAAUCUUGCCAAGAAGAAAAGGCAUUCAGCAGAAGUUUCGCACCCUGGUCAUGCUCAUGAAUUYGCUCCUGCUACUGCAUUACCUGAGGGUUUCGACGAAGACGAGACCCCACCCCCUAUCCCUCCGUCUUUAUACGCUGAUCUCGAAUCCGUCAGGAAAGAUGAUGAUAAAGCAAAUGAUAAUCAGCCAUCAAGUUCUUCAACUCAGCCUCAAACAGAAUCCGAAGAGAAUGCUUACGAAGAAGUGGCGACUAAAGUCGAAWUUAAAUCAAUCACAUCACGAUCAAGACCGACCAAGACCGUAAGCGAUUUGAAGAUAACGCAGUCAAAAGAUAUUAGAACUGAGAAUCAAACGUCUCUUAWGUCACAUGAAGAUCCCAAUGGUGUACUGAAGCGACUCAAGCCUCCUCUAGGAUCUCCCAGGAAUUCUGAUGGAAGACUUAGUGCAAGCUCUCUCGAAGGCGAGAAAAGAUCUUCAACAGGUUCACAUGAUUACGAUGAGGUUUUGACAAAACAUGCCAAACCUACUCAAACAGAUAGAUCUUCAACAGCCUCAAAGUCGUCCAAGGACUCUGCGUCUGGUCAUUAUGAGUCUAUCGUAAACGAGGCGAAAAGAAAUUCAGCCGGGAGUGAUGUUGUCAGUGAAGGACCAAAGCCUACGACAAGUGAGACAGACGACAGAUUGGUGACUUUUGUCUAGAUCAUGUGGAAGGUACUCAAUAGUAAAAGGACCACAAUUUUGGCUGGAAAUAACCUUACAUUAGUUUAACUUUAGGAAAUAUACUCACCAUGGGUGGAUUAAGGAUUUUGAGUUGAUGAGUUGGUUCACCUAAGGAACAAAAUUACUAGUAAUGAAAUUUUUCAAGAAGAUGCUCUUUCCUCCCACAUUGUCGAGGAAUAGACCUUUUCGGCUUAGGUGUAGUGUUUUAUCAUUUCAGACAACGUAUCGUUCCCUAGAGUAUGAUUUGCUUUGUUUUAUGGUUUUGCAUGAGAAGACACAUGAAUAUAGAUGCAAUUCAAGGGACUGACACGUAGUCAUAAAUGAAAAAACUCCAUGCCUAAUGUAAAUAGGUCUAUUCCUGGGCAGAACGGCAAAAGGCAUGGUUGCCCGUUUUUAGACCCUCCAACUUACUUUUAGUGAUGUCUAGAGAAGCUUUGGCCCUACGCCCCCCCUUCCGUGUUCUGUCCAAGAAAUCAAUGCAUGGGAGUUUUGAGCUGGAGUCUCCGAUAGCCUAGUCUGCUAAACAUCUCCAUAGAAACUUAGUCCAGGAUCUCCUAGAAACGUAUGCCUCAACAUGUAGCAGUUGUUUUUGGGUUUAACAUGUCCAACUCAAAGUUUUUGAACCACCCAAUGAAAAACCUUGUUUUUGAAGCUGCACCCAUAGCAUUUAAAUUAUCAAAAUACCAAUCUUCUAGACAGCUUGAAAGAGGUUGGUUGGAUUUGAUUAAUUAUCAUUUAGAUAGAGCAUUGUGUUCUAGCUUCGGUAUUUGUUUCUACCCAAGCUAGACYACAAUGCAUCAUUUUUAUUGAACUUCUUAAAGCCUUACGAAGGCAGGGUGACUCAAAUGCUAGGAUGUCCCUAGGGGAAGAAUCUUUGACCCCAGCAAUAGAGUCAACUUACCUCGAUGGGAACGAAUUAUUAAUGUAGUAUUAGUUAUUGUAAAUAUAUUAAGAAUCCUUGUGCAAAAUCCAGAAAAAAAAAUCCAUAAGGAAAAAAUCAAUUUUUUUUCAAUCUUCAAAAGAAGGAAAAUCUUUGUUUUGACCCCCAGGUCGGAAAUUAGUGCAAGGGUUCUAUAAAUGAGUCCAUAAUUUGAUAUUAGGACUUGAAAUUUAAACCAAUUUGUAUAUUGUAGAAAGAACACUUCGUAUUUAAUCGUUGGCACAGCAUAGCAUGAAUGGAUAGCACCAGAAGCUAUCUUUAUCACGUGAUUAUAUUUACGUUUGCGAAUGAGAGCAGACUUUGUAUGACUGGCAAAAAACAGUGUGUGCAACCAUGUGACACAAAAUCCUUUGAGAUAUGAAUAACAAUGAAACAGCCGCCAUCUUGGUUGAUGUAACAAGAGAAGCUAAUGAGGAAUGCUUUGUUAUCGUCAACCAAGAUGGUGGUUAUGACGUAGCAUGCUAAUACUCUAUUCACGGUACCACCUUGCCCUACCGUGUUYGUGACGGUAUCGCAUUAUAGCAUUCUGAUUGGGUGAGCAAUAACUUCGAGGACUGUGAUUGGCUUACCAUAUGACGUGUGUCAGUUCAUUUUCAUUGGCACGUGAUUAGCCAAAAGCCACUCGACGUUCUUUUUCUUCAUCAUAUUCAUCAUCAUCUCUCGGGCCUGUUUUUGAUCUACUCCUAAAAGAUCUUCCACUUUUCUUCAUAUCAUUCAUUGGAACUGCGUUUGUCAAACAACACUUCAAUCUCCAUUCUGCAUACCACAGGGAGCCCAAGCAAUGCUUUUGUAUUGAUUAUGAUUUAUGUGUGAUAAAUUAAAUUUCAAUCUUUCAAAAAAAAUUUGUAAAUGUUUUUCUUUAAAUGGAUCUUUUAAAUGGAUCUUUUUAAAUAAUCGGCUCCCUGUGCUGCAAACAUGCAUAACUGAGCAAUAACUUGGUGGAUUCUGAUUGGCUCACCGCUUAUGCGCGCUGUCACAAUGACUAAAUAUCAUGGCCAGGCWUAGGAAAUCUGCUCUAAUUUCCAUAUAUGAGAAACUGAGUAUAGUUACCUUCAAUUUAGAGUACACAACUCUUUAAUUAAUAGACAUUUUACACGUAUCAUUCACACUUGCCAAGCGCAAUUUUAAGUUUUCACUAUCACCAAAAAUCACUCGGAAAGAUAUAUUUUCUUAAAACUUUUUAAAUAGCAAAAGAAACAGGUGACUAAAAUCCCUGGCUUAUUUUAACGUUAGAAAUUUAUAAGCAUUUUUGAAGAUUUGACACGAGCAACUUCUUAUUUGGGCCGUUGCAUUUACGUUUUGUGCGUCUUUCGUUUGAGAUGAUUGUUUUCCUUCUCCACACCUACUAUUCUCGCCAUAAGAACACACUGGCUGCGUAUUUCAGCUAGCUCUUUAUGCCCAGACAUUAGUGACGAAGGAAUCUAAUGAGAAAGAAAUCUUUUGUCAUAAACCUCACUUAUGGCGGCCAUGACAAUGUGCCAACACAGAAUGGAAGUUACCCAAAUGUAACGAUCGUUUGAAGACAGUGGAGUGUAACCCGGCUGAUAUCUGCUAGCCGCAGUUCAUUUUUAAGCACAUUUUCCUUAGUUUUCUUUGGUCACCAUUUCACCCUUAAACGGGAUUCAAAGUUUAAAUGCAAUGACCGUUUUGUUUUGAGCACACACGAAUAAUUUCACACAGUUGGCCUCAUGUACUCGUCAGCCUCAUAGGGGCGUAGCCAGGGACUAGACUAAUGAUUUUCUAAUAAUACAAAAAAAUCUUGAYCUUACACAAAUUUUGGCUACGCCCCUGAGCAAGCUUUCGCAUCAAUGAAUUAUUUUUUGUAAACAGUUAAAAUAAAUAAAUAAAAUAUUUGAUUAUGUUUUAUAUA